AUGUACUUAAAAAUGUUUCAAAAAUUGAAAGCCGAACUUUUGAAAUAUAGCGAAAACACGACAGUAAGAGGAAUUCCAAAGUUCAUAAAAUCCCAAGAAAUAUUCCCGAAAGUGCUUUGGUUGAGUUUCUUCCUAUCGUCAACUGCCGCUCUGAUAUACAUGCUGAGAAACCUAUUCACCGAUUAUUAUUCCUACCCAAUAGCAACGGUAACUGGAGAGAAAACUGGCCAAAGCAUAACGUUUCCAGACAUCACGAUAUGCAACUUGAAUCCAUUUAGUGAGGGAGAGCCUGAAGAAUUAUCCAUUGAGAACUAUUUGAAGCUUGUGGCAAAAUAUAAAAAAAAGUGGCUUAAUUUAUCAAACUUGACAAAUACGUCGGUUGAUGAUGAUUCCGAUGAUUACAGCCAUAUCGUAAAUUACAAACAAGUUAUAAAAGAAAUCACUGAUGAACUUUCAACUGUUUCAGGUUAUUUGAUAAAUUUGAGUAAAAUUCUACCAAAACCCGAAGACUGUCCAAGUUUAGUCGUUGACUGCAAUGUUUUUGGCACUGAUUGGUUUGAAACUAAAGACUUGUGCACGAAUAAAAAUUUCACCAGAAAUUGGAACGCUAAUUAUCGAACUUGUUACACUUUGCAAAUGAGUGAAUUAAAAAUAUCUGGCAAUUAUUAUAUUAGAGGAUUGAGCUUGCUGCUGAAUGUUGGUCCACCAAACUUUAUCAAAUUGCCCUACAAGGCUUCGCUGACCAAUUCCCAAGCAAGAGGAGUUCAGGUGAGUGUGCACAGUCCUGGGACUCCUGCUGACCUCAAGCGUGGAUUCAGUGUGGCUCCUGGAACUGAAAAUAUCGUCGAAGUUACUCAAACAGACAGGAAACUUACAGACAAACCUCACAAUAAACUAGGAUGUACCAUAGAAAAAACACUAACAGGCUACAGUUCUAAAAAUUAUGCUCGUGAAUUGUGUGUAGAAUAUUGUGAACAGAACAUAAUUAAAAAAUUUUUCAGAUGUGUCUCACGUUUUUUAAGUGUGCCGGAGAAAUUUUUUGACACCGUUAUGUGUGGAAAUUUGAGCCAUUACUCUAAACUGAACGAAUCAACAACAGAUGACAUAGAUUCUGAAUAUUUAGCAACAUUAAACUUUAUUCUUUCUCAGUUUUUUACGAAAAUAAAAAAACACGGAUAUGAAUAUUCCGGUGAUGAAUGCAGACUGAAAUGCUUACUACCAUGCGAAGAAACAAUAUACAGCACGAAAGUAACAUCAGCAACCUGGCCACAACCCUCCUUUGAACUAGAUUUAUUUCAGAAAUAUUUCAUCGACGACAACGAUUGCAUGAAUAACCCAAAGGUGAAGUCCAGAUACAUCAAUUAUUACAAUAGGCACAUGGACGAGCGUGAAGACCACAAUUCUUUCUCAAACUUGACACAGAUAAGGGAAUCUCUUCUUGAAAUCAAAUUCGUCAUGCCACAGAAUUCUCCACAUUUCCAAACAGAUAAACCGGUGUACACGGCGGAUAUGAUGAUUGGAUCGGUGGGAGGGAUUCUGUCCCUUUGGAUGGGGAUAACGGUGGCAAGUGCAGUGGAAAUCAUGGAGCUGCUCUAUUUCCUUCUCAAAUGUAUCUUUGAACAAAAGCUUAAUAAAGCUGCGAAAGAGACUGAGUUGAACUGA